GGCUUGUAUUAUAUUCGAUCGGUAUCUUUUUUAGGGUUCUUCCGCAAAGGGGAGAUGGAUAAGUCGCAGGGAGGGAUCCAGCAGCUGCUGGCGGCGGAACAGGAGGCGCAGAGCAUCGUCGCCAAUGCCAGGAGCGCCAAGAUGGCCCGCUUGCGCCAGGCCAAGGAGGAAGCCGACAGAGAAGUCGCGGCUUACAGAGCUCAGCGAGAGAGCGAGUACCGGAAGAAACUCGCAGAGAGCAGCGGCGACUCUGGAUCCACUGCCAAGAAGCUGGAAGCCGACACCACGCACAAGAUAAAAACGCUCUCGUCGGAGGCAUCCAGAGUGUCUCAAGAGAUCACUUCUCUCUUGAUCAAGUACGUGACAACAGUGAAGAACUGAGGAGAAACUUGGGAGAUUUAUUUUUCACCGCAAUAAGUCUGGAAAAUCGAGAGAAGCUAAGUUCUUUUUUAUAUACUCUGAAAUAUCAUAAAACCUUAGACCGAGGAAGAAAAAGAGGAACUCCCUUA